AUGGCACAAGUUUUGAAAAAAUUAACAGUUCAGGCACUAAAACACAAAUCUCCAGAGGCUGUUAUUUAUGGCACAAGGAGAGCCGCUAGUCACUUUUGGGGAAAUGUGGAAAUGGGACCUCCUGAUGUCAUCCUUGGAAUAACUGAAGCAUACAAGAAAGACAACGAUCCUAAGAAGGUCAACCUUGGCGUAGGUGCAUACAGAGACGAUCAAGGCAAACCAUUCAUUUUGCCAUCAGUAAGAAAGGCAGAGAAUAUUAUCCAUGAGAAAGGUUUAAACCAUGAGUAUGCACCUAUCGGCGGAGAAGCCUCAUAUACCUCUGCGGUAGCCGAACUUGCCUUUGGAGAAUGCAGUCAAGUCAUCCAGAACAAAACUAAUGCUACUGUUCAAACCCUAUCUGGAACUGGUGCAUUACGUCUCGGUUUGGAGUUUGUUACCAAACACUAUGCUAAAAACAAGGAGGUCUGGCUCUCCUCACCCACUUGGGGCAACCACCCACAAAUCUGCAACACCCUCGGCCUCCCACACAAGAAGUAUCGUUACUUUGACAGCAAAACUAACGGAUUCGAUAUUGAAGGAGCUUUGGAAGACAUUUGUAAAAUUCCAAAGGGUUCGAUUAUCUUACUGCACGCGUGCGCUCAUAACCCAACCGGAGUUGAUCCUAAACCUGAAGAAUGGAAGCAACUUUCCCAGGCUAUAAAGGCUCGCGAGUUAUUCCCAUUCUUCGACAUGGCGUACCAGGGCUUCGCCACCGGCAGCGUUGACAACGACGCCUUCGCCCUCAGGCAGUUCGCAGACGAUGGACACCAGGUCAUGCUGGCCCAGAGCUUCGCUAAGAAUAUGGGUCUGUACGGAGAGCGUGUUGGCGCUCUGACGCUGCUUUGUGGUGACCAGGAGUCGGCGGCGAAGGUGAUGUCUCAGCUGAAGAUUAUGAUCCGCACAAUGUACUCCAACCCACCGCUGUACGGCGCCCGGCUCGUCACGGCUAUACUCACCAACAACGAGCUCAGGAAACAAUGGUUGGCCGACGUGAAACUGAUGGCUGAUCGCAUCAUAUCGAUGCGCACACAGCUCCGUUCAGGCAUCGAGGGCGCUGGAAACAAACAGAAAUGGAACCACAUCACGGACCAGAUUGGAAUGUUCUGCUACACCGGACUUAAACCAAACCAGGUUGCACGUCUCACUAAGGAGUUCCACAUCUACCUAACCAAGGACGGGCGUAUCUCAGUCGCGGGCAUUUCAUCUAAGAAUGUCAACUACGUGGCCGAAGCUAUCCACAAGAUUGUAGUCAAUUAA